AUGCUAGGAGCAUCCCGUAUCACGCCAAUGAAAAAGCGAAUGCAAAGUCCCGCCUUCCGUCAACGAUUAAAGAAAAAACGCCGUUAUGCACGUGAAAAUGUCGAAUACCAAAUGGACCGAAAUAGUAACGCAUCUGAACGACAAACGAUCGAUAAGGGCCAUCGGCGGCUGAAUUCGUCGGGAUGUCAAAUGCACAACAAGAAGAGCACCGAAGCGAUGUGCAGAGCUCUUCACGAAGACUCUGCAAGAAUGGCAAGAAAGACAUUCUCAAUGAGUCCUUAA